AUGAUAGGAAGCUUAUUAUAUCUUACUGCUAGUCAUCCAGAUAUUUUGUUUAAUGUUGGAGUGUGUGCCCGCUAUCAAUCUGACUCUAAAGAGUCUCACUUGAUCGCUGUCAAGCGAAUUAUUCGUUAUGUUACGGGCACUUCCACGCUUGGUCUUUGGUAUCCUAAGGGUACUAAUGUGGACUUAGCCGCAUUUUUCGAUGUCGAUUGGGCUGGAAGCGCGGAUGAUAGGAAGAGAACCUCCAGUGGUUGUUUCAAUUUGGGAAACUGCUUGGUUGCUUGGCAUAGCAAGAAGCAGAAUUGUGUCUCGUUGUCCACCGCAGAGGAAGAAUAUAUUGCCGCUCGUAGUUGUUGCACCCAACUUUUAUGGAUGAAGCAAAUGCUUCAAGACUACGGUCUAUCUCAAGGUGUAAUGACUGUUUUUUGCGAUAAAACAAGUGCCAUUAAUAUUUCUAAAAAUCUAGUCCAACAUUCUAGGACUAAACAUAUCGACAUCCGUCAUCAUUUUAUUCGUGAUUUGGUUGAAGAUGGUGUCGUGGCACUUGAGUUUAUACCUACACAAGGUCAAAAGGCGGAUAUUUUCACUAAGCCUUUAGAUUCUCUUAGGUUUGUGUACCUUAGGAAAUCUCUUGGUUUGAUUUCUCUAGAUUAA